UUGUUUUUUUGGUCGACUCAGGAAGUCAUAAGUCAUGAGGAACAAGAGAAACACAGGAGCAACUACUAACGGAAAGGAAGAGAAGGAGGAGGAGAAGAAGAAGCAGAAGCAGCAGAAUGGAAAGAAUCGAAAUGCCAUGAAAAAAGAAACGGAGGUUGUGGUUCUUGAGUCAUCUUCUUCAGAUUCCGAAGAAGAACGAAAUGAAGGACAGGAAGAAGAAGAAGAAGAAGAAGCGAAGAGCAGCAACAAUUCCAAUAAUAGUAACCUAGCUCCCAAGGAGGACGAGGAAGACGAAGAAGAAGAAGAAGAAGAAAAAGCAGCCAAGGAGGAGGAGGAGGAGAACGGUAUCAAGAGGAAGAAAAUUUUGUCCAAUGGGGUGGCGGUGUCAGGUUGCUUCCCAACCCACCGUAUCAAACGGAUGAUAAGGAGCGAGGGAGAUUUCCGCACCACUGGUGAAGCCAUUUUCCUUAUCAACAAAGCUACGGAGAAAUUCCUUGAAUCGCUUGCCGAAGAUGCUUAUGCCUGUUCUGCACAGGAUCACAAAAAAUCUAUAAAUUACAAGCACCUUUCAUCAGUUGUUAGUAAAACGAAGAGAUAUGACUUCCUUUCAGAUUUUGUGCCUGAAAAAGUAAGAGCAGAGGAUGCUUUGGAGGAGAGGAGAUUAGCUGGAACAUGAAAGGGAGCAAGUUCACCAAGCAGCUACUUAUGUUUUGGCUUUAGAUGACAGAUAUGUUAUUGUGGUAUAAGGAAUUAACCCAUGCAUCGUCCAAGCAUCCUCCUAUGACCGGAGAGUAAGCAAUGCUUAUGGAUGCUUAUACUCGCUUCAUGUUCAGCUUGAAGAGGAAAGGAAGAUGCAUCUUGCUGUGUUUGUGAUGCAACUAGGAUGUCCUCCAGCCAUAAGACUACAUGUUUCAUCUGAACAAUUCAUAGAAUCUCAUAUCUUCUGUAAUUGGUUCAGUUAAUUCUGGGGGGAUGAAUUUUUCAUUUUAACCUUCUAAAA